AUGCUAUGGAGGGGCGAGGGCAGAGCUGCAGUUGAAAUGGGACUUGGGAUGGAAGUGACUAUCAAGAAGUAUGGCUAUGCCUGGUUUAUGGACCGCAUCCAAUGGGAGGCAUUCCGGUUCAAGGAUGAGUACGCAGACAGGGUUCCUUCGCUCGACCUGAAGUACGCACGCAUGUUCCGAGGAUCCCAUGCCCCUAUCCAGAGCACAGGCGAUGCCCUCGAACUGUUUUCAGGUUUGCUGAGGGUGUUUGCUGCAGAUGAUGUGAAGGUCCUGCUCAUCCUGCAGCUCAUGUGCCAUGUGUGCUUUCGCCAGUUCCGAUACGAUGUUCGGAAGACGCUAAAGUCAGAGCUCCUGAGUCCUGACAGCAUAGAUGAUGACACUUCGCUCAAGUUUAGCUGGGCUGGUGUCCAGGAAGGGAUUACUUGCGGUGUAUCCAUUGUCAUAGGCAACAAGACCGCCUUGCACACGCCUGACCUUAUGUUCCGCCACUUCUGGGGCGACGACAUAACCUAUUCAGACCCGCCGCAAGUUUUUUUUCGAAAGCAUUUCGAUAAGAUUGCCUUCCGCGUCAUGUAUAGGAAGUCAAAGACUUUUGUCCAGGAGAGCGGUGUGGACCUGCGGUCAUACGAAAACCUUUUCCAACACUUGUUUUUCGAAUACCAGUGUUUCCAUACCCCAACUCUAAUGGCACACUCUGUUCUCUUCAUGGGCGAGCCCGGAAACAUGUUCUGGGCUCGGGAAGACUGCCGGCCAGGUUAUCCACAGCCUUGUCCGGAGGAGGUCGACUUCAGUCGCGAGGAACUGAUGGGGUACAUUGAGGACUUUGAACUGCCCCUAAUAUAA